AUGCGGGUGGCCAAGUGGCUGACCGGGUUGCUCUGCCCGAUCUCUCUCCUUCUCACUGGGUCUUGGGAAGUUCGUUUCCACCCACGACAGGAAGCCCUGGUGAAGACUCUGGCCUCCUACGAAGUGGUGACCCCCGUGCGGGUCAAUGAGUUCGGAGACGUCUUCCCCCAGAACCGGCACUUCAGCAGGAAGAAACGCAGCUCCGGGGCGCCCGAGCCCACUCCGCUCAGGACCCACUACCGCAUCAGCGCCUACGGGCAGCUCUUCCAGCUGAACCUGAGCGCUGACUCGGCCUUCCUGGCUGCUGGCUACACCGAGGUGCACUUGGGGACCCCGGCGCCUGGUCCAGGCGGGAGCAGCGCGGAGCCCCCAGACCUGCGCCACUGCUUCUACCGUGGCCAGGUCAACGCACGAGAGGACCACACUGCAGUUUUCAGUCUCUGUGGGGGACUGAUGGGAACAUUCAAAGCACACGAUGGCGAAUAUUUCCUAGAACCAGUCAUGAAGGCAGAUGGGAGUGAACAUGAAGAUGACCACAACAAGCCACACCUGAUAUACAGACAGGAAUUAAAGAGGAGCUCCCUUGCACAGUCUCGUGGGCCUUGUGAAGUUUCAGCUGAAUCUUCAAGAAAAUUCCUUAAGGAGUGUCCGGCCACAUGCGGAAAAGGAAUGAAGCAGCGGCAGGUUUGGUGUCAGCUGAGUGACGACCCCAUGAGCGACGACUUCUGUAACGCCAGUACCAAGCCCCCGUCCCUGAGACCCUGUGAGCUCCCUGCGUGCGCCUCUUGGCAUGUAGGCCCGUGGGGUUCUUGCACAGCCACCUGUGGACGCGGGUACCAGAUGCGCGCUGUGAAGUGUGUCAGUGAGCAGUUUGGCACCGUGCUAGAUGACAGUGAAUGCCAGGAAGCCAGCCGGCCAAGUGACAGCCAGGAAUGCGUCGUUGCACCCUGCGUGGUCGUUCCAAAAGUUGGGGCAUCCUCCUUACCAGCCAUCCCCCUGGGAAGGGCUGCACAGUGGCGCCAUGGAUCUUGGACCCCAUGCUCUGUGUCCUGUGGAAGAGGCAGCCAGGCCCGUUAUGUGAGCUGCCGAGAUGCACACGAUGGAGUGGCCGAUGAGUCGCAUUGUGCCCACUUGCCCAGGCCUGCGGAAGUCUCUCUCUGCUUCAGCCCUUGUGGAGAAUGGCAGGCGGGGAACUGGUCACCGUGUUCAGCUUCCUGUGGACACGGGAAAACCGCUCGACGCAUUUUAUGCAUGAACUACCAGCAGCCGGUUGACGAGAGUUACUGUGACCCUGGAGCUCGUCCUGAGAUGGAACAAGAAUGUAGCCUGGCAGCCUGCCCACCCUCGUACAGCCACUUUCCCAGCUCCUCUGAGCAGCCAAGCCAUUUUCCAGGCAGGAAUGUCCCCUUAACUCACAAACCAGAAGAGAAUCCAAAUCAGGGGGUCCACCCGUCAAUCCGAGGAAACCAGUGGAGAACAGGCCCUUGGGGAGCAUGCUCCCGAAGUUGUGCAGGAGGUGUUCAGCGCCGGGCUGUAGUCUGCCAAGAUGAAGAUGGGCACCGUGCUUCUUACUGUGAUGCGGCCUCCAAGCCCCCAGAGUCAAAUCACUGUGGCUCGGGACCCUGUCCACACUGGAAUUUUGGGGACUGGGGAGAAUGCACACAAACAUGUGGUGGAGGAGUAAAGUUGAGAUUUGUGAUAUGCCAGUUUCCCGACGGCCAAGUGGCCCAAGAAUACAACUGUGAACAGCCCAAGCCACCUAGCAUGAUGCAGUGUCAUGUACACGCCUGCCCUGAUGAUGUCUCCUGGUAUCGGGGAUCAUGGAAAUCGUGCUCAGCUUCUUGUGGUAAAGGUAUAAAGUACCGAGAGGUCCUUUGCAUUGAUCAAUUCAGAAGAAAAUUAGAAGAAAAAUAUUGCAGUCAUCUGCAGAAACCUCGAACUCACAAAGCUUGUAGAUCGGGACGAUGCCCUUCAUGGAAAGCCAAUAGAUGGAAGGAGUGCUCAGUGACCUGUGGGUCAGGGCUGCAGCAGAGGGAGGUGUACUGCAGACUGAGAGGCACUGGUCCGGUGACUGAAGACAUGUGUGAUCCAGCCACCCGGCCUCAGGAGCACCGGCAGUGCUGGCAUCAAGACUGCAGGAAGUACCGGUGGACCACAGGAGCCUGGCUGGAUUGUUCAACAUCGUGUAAGAAAAAAGAGACCUACCGUCUAGUGCAAUGCAUGACUGACCAAAAUAUACAAGUGAAUGAAAGUUUCUGCGACCCUUUAAUGAGACCUCUGUCAAUCAAAAAGUGUAGGAAUCCUCUCUGCAAGUAUGUGGUGGUGACAGGAGACUCAUCACAGUGUGCAGGUAACUGUGGGUUCACUAGCCCACAGAAGAUCACAUACUGCACCAGGAUCCAGUCCUCUAAAAAGCAUGCAUUCCAUCAGCUUCGGCCUGUAGAGUAUGGAGAAUGCCCCGUGACAUCUUCUCCUCAUGUGUACAAAUGUGACAUUGGAAGCUGUUUGCACAUAGCCACUUGGAAAGUGGGAAAAUGGAGCAAGUGCUCAGUAACUUGUGGAAAUGGGAUAAUGGAGAGAAGAGUAGAAUGCAGGACUGAAAACGCUUGGCCCAGUGACUUAUGUUUAAAGCGUUUAAAGCCAGAUGCUCAAAAGAAAUGUUAUGCCAAUGACUGUAAAUUAUUUACCACCUGCAAAGAAAUCCAAGUUACAAACAACAUUACCAAAGAUGGUGACUACAACCUUAACAUCAGGGGAAGAAUAGUCAAGAUCCACUGCUCUGGCAUGCAACUGGAGAACCCAAAAGAAUAUUUACCAUUGGUCAAAGGUGAAGACAACUUUUCUGAAGUAUAUGGCCUUAGACUUCAAAAUCCCUAUGAAUGUCCCUUCAAUGGAAGCCGGAGGCAAGACUGUGUGUGUAAAAAUGACUACCUGUCUGCUGGAUACACUGUUUUCAGCAAAGUGAGAGUUGAUCUCACUUCUAUGCAAAUCAAAACUACAGAUCUUCUUUUUUCCCAGACACUGUUUGGAAAGGCAGUUCCAUUUGCCACAGCUGGAGACUGCUACAGUGCUGCCAGAUGCCCACAGGGGCAGUUCAGCAUUAACUUAGCAGGAACUGGGAUGAAGAUAUCUAACACAGCAAAGUGGCUUGCUCAGGGGAGGUAUGCCUCUGUCAUCAUCCACAGAUCCCAAGACGGAACCAAGGUCUAUGGCAGAUGUGGAGGGUUCUGUGGAAAAUGCAUUCCCCACAUAGCAACGGGGCUCCCAAUUCAAGUACUCUGAACAUUCAGAACUCGGAAGUACUGUAAAGGUGGUGGUGCUCUGUGAAACACAGGUGUCUGGUGCUCCUUCCUCACUCUUGGCUUCCUGAGACUUCCAUAUUCAAACCUUUUUUGUUUGGGUGCUCAUCAGGGUUUCAGUCCACUUAAUGUUUAUAGGUUUUCCAAGAGAAACUUAACAGACAUAUCACUCUAAUCGGGAUCUUUUUUAAUGUCAUAAUUUAUUGUGGGGAAUACAAGCAUGUUUGAAUGAAUUCUAUCAAGAAAAUGUUGCUGUUAACAGCUUGGACUGGACCAUAAUUAUGUUCUAGUAUUAAACACACAUGUAAAUAAACCCCUGAUCGGCUUACUAUAGUACAAUGAAGUGUCAUUGUGAUGUUAAAAUGGAACAAACAAGAAUUAGGAGAAACUAUUUUAAAUUGCUAUAAGCAUUAUUAAAUCUCUCAGUGAAUAUCAAAUUAAUAACUAUGUCAAAUAAGCAUGUUGACACCACACUUCCUCCUGAUAUGAUUUUGAUUUACUAUUUUAUUUUUUUCUUUAAUUUUAUGUAUGGAUUUUGGUGCUUCAAUAAAAAUGGUUCUAAAAAUGUAAUACAAUUUUUAUUAGAAAUGUGCUUGUGUUAAGUAUUAAAUAGAAAGUGUUGUGACAAA